AUGACUGCAGCGCCUGCAUUUGAGGUGGUCAAGUACAAAGCACCGGAACAUUACAACGCUGAGUUCAGGCAGACAAACAAAUGGCGCGGUCCUCCCGGGACGCAUUCGAACGAUGUCGAUAUUGCAUGGCACGAGAUUGAACUUGGGGCUGGUGGCAUCCGGGUCACUGAUGAGGAACUAAAGUUGCUCAACAUGACCGACUCGCCGGAAAUGCCAUUCCACAAAGUUCCCGAUGAGCAUGGAGGCGGCUACUUGGCGAUGCUUGAAGUCUUCCAUUUGCUUCACUGCUUGAACUCUUUGAGGAUGGGUCUCUUCUACAAUUAUGAGCACUACAAGUUCUUGGACGAGGGUGUCCCUGAUGAAAAUAUCUACAGUCAUUUUGACCACUGCAUCGACAUGCUGAGGAUGAACCUGCAAUGCCAGGGAGAUGUCACGCCGGCCUUGUUCGUGGAUCCCCUCGAUAACCCUAAGCGACGAGAUGCUUUGCCCAACUGGUCAUCUAUGCACACUUGCAGAGACUUUGAUGCCAUUCUAGAUUGGAACAAGCAUGGACCAAGAUCGGUGCGGUGGCGCGAUGCCGGGUCCAACCCAUCUUGGGACCCUAAUGUUGAGGGUGCCGAGCCGCCCUUCCCGCCAGAAGGGAAGAAGGAAGAGCAUCAUCACUCAUAG